AAUAAAUGUGAUUUGACACAGACAAGUUACCUACUAUAUUUGGGAAACAGGAUUAACACAGAAAGAUCUUGGCAAAAUACAAUGUAUGUUUUUGUAGUACGAGUAGGCUGGUAUAUACAGUAUCAUCGGUAACAAUUCUGUACAAGCCACCUAGCUAAUAAAAUAAUGGGGCUAGCUAGUUACAUUUCAAUCAUAGCGAUGGCAUAAUUGAGGCGCAAUAGAGUUCACUGGCGAAUACCGGAAAUAACUAAACCAACGAACGAGAAAUGGUGGAGGCUAUCAGAAAGAGAAAUUUUUCCGAAUAAACGUGUGGGUUUGCAGGAGCCGGUGUCUUGUAGAAAAGGAAGGAAGAGGAUACGCUGUUAUAGAAUGUAUGGUAUGUGAGCAGUAAACCGGUAAGAGAAGGACAAUCACCUCUGGACAGGAGCAGCAGACCUGAGUUAGUCGUGAGACAGAAAAUAACUUUCCAGACCAGUUCACCUUGUCAGCAGCUGUGAAGGGGGUCAAAGACUAACGGACAAUCCAGGACAACAAUGGAGACACCUGUCCCUGAGCUGCUGCUGGCCACUCUAGAAGACAACCUGUGUGAAAAAAAACUGAAGAAAUUCAAAUGGCACCUGGUCCAGGGUGUAAAAGGUUUCCCUCAACACAUCCCAAAGGCCCGGCUGGACAAAGCCGACCACCAGGACACUGUGGAUAAGAUGGUGGAGACUUACGGCCUUGAGGGCGCAAAGAUGAUCACACUGGAGGUCCUGAAGAAGAUGAAGCUGAUUGAUCUCUCUAAUAUGUGGACAGAACCAGCAGCCCGGAGUGGUCCAGCAGUGGUUCAGAAAGUCAGAGAUGAACUGAAAUCGUACCUAAAGAAGAAGUAUGAACAAAUAUAUGAGGGGACGUCAAAGAAAGGGGAUUUCGUCUAUCUAAACAAGAUCUACACUGAGCUUUACGUGAUAGAUGGGGCCAUGGGAGGGGUCAGUGGUGAUCAUGAGGUCAGAUGUCUGGAUUCCAGAACACCAGCCACAGAAGAGACCGUUAAGCUCAGUGAAAUAUUCAAACCCCAGCCUGAUCAGAAGAAACGCAUCAGAACAGUGCUUUCACUGGGCAUCGCUGGCGUGGGAAAAACUGUCUCUGUACAGAAGUUUAUUCUCGACUGGACAGAAGGAAAGGAGAACCAGGACAUUGACUUCAUCAUUCCACUUCCUUUUCGCCAAAUCAAUAAAAUAAGAGAAGAAGACUGCAGUCUGAUUGACCUGCUUCAUCAGUUCUUCCCCUUCAUGGAACCAAUCAAUACUCUGGAGGAAGGUUUGAAGGUUCUGUUCAUCUUUGAUGGUCUGGAUGAGAGUCGGCUCCCUCUGGCCCUUAAUCAUAAUAAAGAUGUGGCUAAAGACACAAAAACAGCUCCGCUGGACGUCCUGAUCACAAACCUCAUCACAGGACAGCUCCUCCCUUCUGCUCUCAUCUGGAUAACCUCCCGACCUGCAGCAGCCAAUCAGAUUGAUCGAAACUACAUCCACCAGUGGACCGAGAUACGAGGUUUCAAUGACCCUCAGAAGGAGGAGUACUUCAGGAAGAGAUUCUGUAAUGAUGACCAGGCCUACAGAAUCAUCAACCAUAUAAAGUCUUCAAGGAGCCUCCACAUUAUGUGUCACAUACCAGUGUUUUGUUGGAUUUCAGCCACUGUUCUGAAUGAUAUCCUGGGUAAAACAAAGAGUGGAGAGAUGCCAAAGACUCUGACUAAAAUGUACGAACACUUCCUGCUCUGCCAGACUGAUAAAAUGACAGAACAGAAGUAUCCCACAGGUAGUAAAAACGCUGUCCUUCAACUAGCAAAACUAGCAUUCUGUCAACUGCAAAAAGGACAAUUGAUUUUCUAUGAGAAAGACCUACGAGAGAGUGGUAUUGACAUUGAGGUGGCUAUAGUGUACUCGGGUGUGUGCACUGAAAUAUUUCUGGAGGAGGAGAAAGUUUUUAGCUUUGUGCAUCUGAGUGUUCAGGAGUUCCUUGCAGCUCUAUAUGCUUACCACUGUCACACAACAGACAACAACAAUGUACUUCUCCCAAAGCUGACAAGGAAACAUUCAAUAUUUUGUUUUGAAUGUUUUCCACAGUCUUGGAAAUCUGUGUUUGACUUACAUAAGACAGCAAUCGACAAAGCCUUAGAGAGCCAGAAUGGACACUUGGACCUUUUUCUCCGCUUCCUGCUUGGUCUUUCACUGGAGUCCAAUCAGAGACUCCUGAGUGGAAUCCUACCAGAGACAAAGGACAGAGAGGACAUUGAGAAAACAGUCAGCUACAUCAAGGAGAAAAUCCGAGAGGACCUUUCUCCAGAAAAGAGCAUCAACCUGUUCCACUGUCUGAGUGAGCUGAAGGAUGAGUCUCUGGUGCUGGAGAUCCAGAGCUAUCUGAGAUCGGGGAGUCUGCCAGUGAAUAACCUGUCACCUACACAGUGGUCAGCACUUACCUUUGUGUUAAUGACAUCUGAGGAAACACAAGAGGUGUUUGACCUGAAGAAAUACAUCAGAUCAGAGGAGGGCCUCCUGAAGCUGUUGGCAGUCAUCACCUCCUGCAGGUGUGCUCUACUAGAUAGCUGUAACCUUACAGCAAGAUGCUGUGAAAUGUUGGCAAAAGCUAUUGGCUCAAACUCCUCUUACAUGAGAGAGCUGGACCUGAGUGACAAUGACCUACAGGAUUCAGGAGUGAAACUGCUCUCUGCUGGGCUGAGGAGUCCAAUCUGCAAACUGGAGACACUAAGACUGAAUAGAUGUAACCUCACAAAGAACUGCUGUGUAGCAUUGGCCUCAGCUCUGACUCCGAGGUCAAACACCUCACACCUAAGGAAGCUGGACCUGAGUGACAACAAUCUACAAGACUCAGGGGUCCAGAAGCUUUCUGAUAGACUGAAUGAUCCACAAUGUAAACUGGAGACACUGGGGUUGUCGCUCUGCGGAGUCACCGAGAAAGGCUGUGCUUAUCUGGCUUCAGCUCUGAGGUCAAACCCCUCCCACCUGAAAGAGCUGGACCUGAGCUACAAUCACCCAGGAGAUUCAGGAGUAAAGCUGCUCUCUGCUGGACAGCAUACAGUCAGUUUUCACCCUGGGGGAGAAUACUGGUUCAGCGUCAGAUAUGCCUGUAACCUCACACUGGACCCAAACACAACAUUCAGAAAUCUAUCUUUGUCUGAGGAGAACAGGAAGGUGACAUGGGUGACCACGAAGCAGCCAUACCCUGAUCACCCUGAGAGAUUUCACUACUAUGCACAGGUGCUGUGUAGAGAGGGUCUGACUGGCCGCUGCUACUGGGAGGUUGAGUGGAGUGGGAAUAGGGUUGAAAUAGGUAUGACAUAUAAAGGAAUCAGUAGAAGAGGACAGAUAGAUGACUGUGUUUUGGGACACAAUGACAAAUCCUGGUGUCUAGAUUGUGAUGGUAACCAAUACACUGCCUGGCACAAUGAUGAGGACACUGCCAUAUCGGUCUCCUCUCGCUCCAACAGAGUAGGAGUGUCUCUGAUUUGGUCGGACGGCAGUUUGUCCUUCUAUAGCAUCUCUUCUUCUAACACGUUGACACACUUGUACACAUUCCAUACCAAAUUCACUGAGCCCCUUUACCCAGGGUUUAAUAUUACAAACAACUCUUCAGUGACUUUGUGUCAUAGAUACCGAAUGCAACAGAGUGAGACUUGAAAGGAGCGCACCUUAAAAUUGUGGUGGGAGAAAGAACCUGCUACAGUUGUUUAGAUAGGAUUUUGAAAAUGAAGAUUCUGAGUUUAUAAAGUGAAAACGGUUUCUAAGAUGCAUACUUUCACAUAUAAUUAAGUCCUGCAUUCGGACACGAGUCCUGCAUUCAGACACGAGUGCCAGAAAUGUUCCAAAAAGCGGAAUCUGCAUUGAUUACCAUGGAGAGUGGAUGUUCCUAUUCCGCUUUGUCUAGGGGCUUGUGGAAUGUCAGCUGCAGGAUAGCAAAACUAGGGGCUUGUAGAAUGUCAGCUGCAGGACAGCAAAACUAGGGGCUUGUAGAAUGUCAGCUGCAGGAUAGCAAAACUAGGGGCUUGUAGAAUGUCAGCUGCAGGAUAGCAAAACUAGGGGCUUGUGGAAUAUCAGCUGCAGGACAGCAAAACUAGGGGCUUGUGGAAUGUCAGCUGCAGGACAGCAAAACUAGGGGCUUGUAGAAUGUCAGCUGCAGGAUAGCAAAACUAGGGGCUUGUGGAAUAUCAGCUGCAGGAUAGCAAAACUAGGGGCUUGUGGAAUGUCAGCUGCAGGAUAGCAAAACUAGGGGCUUGUAGAAUGUCAGCUGCAGGAUAGCAAAACUAGGGGCUUGUGGAAUAUCAGCUGCAGGAUAGCAAAACUAGGGGCUUGUGGAAUAUCAGCUGCAGGACAGCAAAACUAGGGGCUUGUAGAAUGUCAGCUGCAGGAUAGCAAAACUAGGGGCUUGUAGAAUGUCAGCUGCAGGAUAGCAAAACUAGGGGCUUGUGGAAUGUCAGCUGCAGGAUAGCAAAACUAGGGGCUUGUGGAAUGUCAGCUGCAGGACAGCAAGUUGUACUUGUUUCAUCAGUCACUAGUACUCUGGUCGUUGUCUCUGCGGGUGACAUCACAUUUCUCCUCUGGGGAUUAAAUAAUCUCUCGUUAACAGACGUUCCGUUUCUACAAUUACGCCAGAUUUUAGUUCUGGGUUAGGGAUGAAUUAAUGUAACAGGACUGUGUCAAUGUCCAUCUCAGAUGCUAUCUGGUGAGUGCAAUUUGAUUACCUGUUUGUUGUGAAUAAAAAUGGCUGACCAAAUGGAAGCGUUGAACUAUCCAGGGAAACUUAAAUAGAUUUAGCAAUAGGGGGAAAAAAGUUGUAUUACACGACACUUGAUGUGAUGUCACAGAGGACAAAACAAUCUAUUUGAAAAAUGUCUUUCUUUUGUUCUGUUUAUCUGAAAUAAAUCAUAUUUAACAAUGUAA